AUGGGAGACUCACCCCCCAACACUUCAGAGGGAUCUAGCACCCCUCCACCCGAAAUAAAACCCAAAACGUCGAUACGAACCGUUCGGGUAGCUCAAAUACAGGCCCUACCAGCGGGCGUACCCCCUCCCCCGACAGCGCUCGAGACAGAAGACUACUACGGUCUCUGGCAAAAUAAACCCCGACUCCUCGCGCGAUCAAACUAUCCCGAUGAUCAGUGGUCGGGCCUAUGCAACGGAUGGUCGCAUGUCGAGGAAUCCCAUCCAUUCAACCGUCUCUGGUCAGAUCCUGAGAGGAUAAUCCAGAAGGAACUGGUUGGUGCGCUGAAGUACACGAAGUGGAAAUGCUUCCAGGACUAUCGCAUCGGGAGUGCACUGCAAGAAAGUCAGGUGAAACUCCUGAUCAUCGUCGAGACCGACUCUACGACUUAUUCGCAUGCCUGGGGUAUCGCACGGUUGUGUAGGGAUAUCUUGAGGGGUUAUGACAUUACGGAUGUUGAGGUCGAGGUUCAGGAGUGUACCGGUUGCUGGGCUAUCAAUCGGAUCCGAGAGUCGGGGCCCGGUCUUGCGGUUGACAAGUUUGAUGUAUUGGGAGCCUUUGCCCCCAUCAUGUUUGCGACAUUCUGCACCCUCUUCAUUUGGAUAUCACUCGUCAAUAUGGAACACAACGACAGAGAGACCAGUAUCAACAAUGGGACUACCGUAUUCCCGAGCGAGUUCCCAGACCUCAGCGACCUGCUAGACCAGCCCGGCUUUUCUGACUUUGACUUCGCUUCUUUUCAGACCCCGUUCAGUAAUGAAGUCGAUCCUCAAUUGUUACACCCAGUCUCGGGCUUUGAAGACAGCCUAGGAGUCAACUCAAUUUCUCCGUUCGGGCUCACAGAAACCCUAGCUGCUACUACUCUAAACGCGCAAGGUGAAGCAAGUACUAUCUCAAGCCCACCGCCCAAGACUGGGAAGCGACUCUCUCUCAACUCAGUCCGCAUUCUCAACAAAUGGCUCUCGAAUCAUACACAUCACCCAUAUCCCAGCGUCCGAGAUGUAGAAUCGAUUGAGAGACAGACGGGUUUGACUCGACAACAGAUCCUAAACUGGUUCGCCAACGCUCGACGUAGGAAGAAGUUCAACCCACCAGAAACAACUGGUCCAAGUUCAGCAGAGGCUAGUCCCCGGGACAUUCCCCUCCGUCGACCGCCUACACCGAUCGUCCAACAGAGUCCACUCGAGCGAUGGGAGAACUCGCCGCCCGAAGACGAGCCAUCCACCAUGGCCGCUAUUGCGCGGGCAGUAUCUGGCGCAAGUGGUUCCAUCGACCAGCCUCACAGCGUACGAACGAGACAUGGCAGGGCACCAUCGUCAACUGGUACGUGGGCGACAACCGACACCUCUGAUUCAAGUCGAAGCUCAAAGGCAUCGGGCUACUCACAUACAUCCAACCGGUCACUCAAUAGAGUCAUCAAGAAGCGUCGGCGAGGAGGUCUACGAGCCAGAAACGAUGAAAAGAGAGGCCUCUCUGUUGUUUGCCAUCGCUUUCAGUGUACCUUUUGCACGGAGACGUUCAAGCUGAAGCAUACCUGGUCAAGACACGAGAAGACACAGCACCUCUCCCUCGAGCAAUGGGAAUGUUCUCCUUUUGGUCCGACAGUUCUCAACGAGAGUUCUGAGACCGUCUGUGUUUACUGCGGUUUUGGAGACCCAGAUGAAUCCCACUUUGAGGAGCACAAUCAUGACCUAUGCCAUAAACGCGAAAGAGGAGAGCGAAUAUUCUAUAGAAAGGAUCAUCUACGACAGCAUCUUCGUCUCGUCCACGGAUCAGAGUUUAUGAAGUGGCCAAUGGAGGAAUGGAAGUCUAAGCAUGAGGAAGUCAUAUCACGCUGUGGUUUCUGUGACAUUACUAUGACAACAUGGUCGGAGCGGGUGAACCAUCUUGCAGAGCACUUUAAGGAGGGCAGGACAAUGGCAGAUUGGAAAGGGAACUGGGGAUUCGAUGCUGCAACACUCGAUAUGGUGGAGAAUCACAUGCCCCCAUAUCUCAUUGACUACGAGCGCAACUCGCCUCUUCCAUUCUCUACGCAACAGGGUGCACCGUACAGCGCAACAAGCGCCUUCGAACUACUGCAACUGGAGCUCGACUACUUCUACUCUAACUAUACCGACAUCAAUCACUGCAUCCCCUCCGACGAGACUCUUCAUCUUGAAGCUUGCUGCAUUAUAUUCGGCGCAGAGAUGAACUACAAACAUGCGUCAACAGCAACAUCUUGGCUUCGCGAUCUUAUAAUGAGCGCACAUGAUAUUGUUAACAAAGCAAGAAUGACGCCUAUGAAGAGUGCAGCUAAGUCUCGAUUCUCAGAGCUGAAAAUUCAUAGCAAGAAAGAUAUCUUUGAGGACUGUAAGCUUGAGACGUCGCUCAGGCAGUAUGUUGAUAUGCUGAAGUUGUUGAAUCUGGACAUUGGAGAUGACGAGUUGCAGAAAGAGGCUUGUUCGAUCAUCAACCAUAUGCCUGAUGUUUCACCCAUGUUUAGCCAGUUGUUGAUUGGACUAGUCUAUAGGUCAACAGGCUGGUUGGCUUCCUUUCGAGAGAGAGUAGGGCUACCAACGUCGGAAGUUGUUUCAUCAAACACGCAAGACGGCUUCGUCCCUCUACUUUCUUCUGGAGGUCUUCCUACGAUAAUCAGUAAUGAUCAUGAGCAUUGGAGUACACCGAGCGGUCCCGACUCUCCACCAACAUCUCUAGGACAGAAGAUCGUGUCGCUGAGCGACGGCAACAUGUAUAGAGGCCUAACCAGAGACUUGACCCGCUACGUCGCGAGGACCAUUGCGCCUUUGAAUCCAACAAGCCAUAUUCCAACUGACGAAGAACUCCAAUAUCAAGCACGAUGGAUCAUGUACGACAGCCACGAUGUAUGGAAUCAGACUCCAGCCGAUAAUCUAGAUUGGCUUACCGAGUUUAAGAGAGACUCCGGCUUUUUCUAG